UUUCAACACUACUAUAUAACAAAUAAUUUGAGGUACCAAAAUGAGUGGUCGGUAUGAAGAGCGUGGUGAUUACGGUGGCGGCAGAUACGAACGUCGCGAUGACAGGGGUUCGUCCAGGGGUGGAUCACAGAGUGAGCACAGAGCCGGAGAUUGGGACUGCGAUGACUGCGGAUUCCACAACUAUUCCAGCAGAAGUGAGUGUUUCAAGUGCAGAGUACCCAAGAGCGGUGGAGGUGGAGGUGGAGGAGGUGGUAGAAGAUCCCACUCUAGAUCUCCUCCUCGCAGACAUGCUGGGGGCAGAUCCCCUCCUCGUAGUUAUGGUGGCGGUGGUGGCGGUGGUGGCGGCUAUGGUGGCGGCGGAUAUGGUGGCGGAUAUGGUGGACGUGGUGGUGGAGGCAACAACGAUUACGGUGACAACUGGGAUUGUCCCUCAUGUAACUUCAGCAACUUUGCUAAAAGGUACGAGUGUAUGAAGUGCAGAACCCCUAAAAGUGGAGGAUCAGGAGGGAGAUCAGGAGGUGGCUAUGACCGUCGUGGGGGUGGACCUCAACGAAGAGAAGGAGAUUGGGAUUGUGAGAAGUGUAGUUUUACUGGUAACUUUGCCAGCCGAGAUUCCUGUUACAAGUGUGAUGCUCCUAAAUAGAGUCCCUCUCCAGUUCAAGUGUUAAUGUCAGACCAUGCAUUUUAUGCCUUCUAUUUAUUAUGUUUGAAAGAUUGUUUUUAAUACAAUAAUUUUUACAAUUUUACCCAAUCGAAUUUUCUUUGUGUCUCUUUCUUCGUGCCAAGCGGGAUGCCUGUAACUAGUAUACAACACACAAAAUACAUCCUCUUUAAUAGAACUAUAUUCGCUCUAAAUGUUGUGCCCUUGAUGAGAACAAGUGGAUUAGUGGACACUUUGUUGGUUUAUCUUGGUAUUUAUGAGUUCGUUUCAACAGAAUAUGACUGGUACUGUGUUGGUAAUAUGUGUAACAAACAAUUAUUAAGGUUCAAAAUGAGUGGUCGAUAUGAAGAACGUGAUUAUGGAGACAGCAACAGGUAUGAUCGGAGAACAGACAGGUCAAUGAGGGGUGGACCUCAGCGAAGAGCUGGAGAUUGGGACUGUGAUGACUGUGGGUUCCACAACUAUUCCAGCAGAAGUGAGUGUUUCAAAUGCAAAGUCCCCAAGGGUGAUAAAGGAGGUGUAGAUAGAUCAAGAAGGUUCCACUCCAGAUCCCCACCUCGCAGAGACAGACGUGACAGAUCCCCUCCUCGGAGUUAUGGUGGACGCAGUGGUGGUGGUGGUGGUGGUUACAACAAUAAUGAUUACGGUGACAACUGGGACUGUCCCAAAUGUAAUUUCAGCAACUUCGCCAAACGGCAUGAGUGUAUGAAGUGCAGGACCUCUAAAAGUGGGGAAUCAGGAGGGAGAUCAGGAGGUGAUGACCGUCGUGGGGGUGGACCUGAACGAAGAGAAGGAGAUUGGAAUUGCAAGGAAUGUGAUUUUAGUAACUUUGCCAGCCGAGAUGCUUGUUACAAGUGUAGUGCUCCUAAAUAGAGCAGUUCUUCAAUGUUAAAAUCAGCAGUUCUCCAAUGUUAAAAUCAGACCAUGAAUUUUAUUUCCUCUAUUUAUUGUUGUUUGAUAGAUAUUUUUUAUAAUUUAAUUUUCCCCCAUUUUAA